CCAAUCAAACCGUUUCAAAUCCCGGAAGAACUUCCUUCUGUUCUUCCCCGAUUCAUUACCGCUCCUUGUACCUCAGUGAAAAUACAGCCAAACGUUCUUAUGUUUGCAUCUUAAACAACGGGAAUAGGUUCCUUUUGUUGAUUUUGUCGAUGAGGAAAUAAUGAUUGAGCCAAAGAAGAGAAUGGCGGACAUGGCGGUGGUGCCUUCAGCUGCAAUGAAGAGACCCCGGACGGAGCUGGUGGCGGCGGCCCAGUCUCAGCAGCUCGUGGCUGGGGGACCUCCGAGGACCUCCAGCUUGCAGGCGCCCAUCAUGCUUAUGUCAGGCCACGAGGGUGAGGUCUACUGCUGCAAGUUUCACCCUAAUGGUGCCACGCUGGCAUCAUCCGGCUUUGAUAGGCUCAUAUUGAUGUGGAACGUAUACGGAGACUGUGACAACUUUGCCACGCUGAAGGGUCACAGUGGAGCAGUGAUGGAGCUACACUACAACACGGAUGGAAGUUUGCUGUUUUCCGCAAGCACGGACAAGACUGUUGGCGUGUGGGACAGCGAGACGGGCGAGCGAAUUAAGCGUUUGAAGGGCCACACUUCUUUUGUCAAUACCUGCUACCCAGCCCGCAGGGGACCCCAACUUGUGUGCACUGGCAGCGACGACGGAACCGUCAAGCUGUGGGACGUGCGCAAGAAAGGCGCUGUCCAUACCUUCCAGAAUACCUACCAGGUGCUCGCCGUCACCUUCAACGACACCAGCGACCAGAUUCUGUCUGGCGGCAUCGACAACGACAUCAAGGUGUGGGACCUGAGGCAGAACAAGCUGAUGUACAACAUGCACGGACACGGCGACUCGGUGACCGGACUCAGUCUCAGCUCCGAGGGGUCAUACCUUCUCUCCAACUCAAUGGACAACACUGUUCGUAUUUGGGAUGUCCGACCUUUCGCACCGAAGGAAAGAUGCGUGAAGAUUUUCCAAGGCAACGUACACAACUUUGAAAAGAAUCUGCUGAGGUGCUCGUGGUCCACUGAUGGCAGCAAGAUAGCUGCCGGAUCUGCUGACAGGUUUGUAUACAUUUGGGACACCACGUCACGCCGCAUCCUCUACAAGCUGCCGGGACACGCCGGUUCUGUUAACGAGGUUGUGUUUCAUCCUGAGGAGCCCGUUGUGCUCUCUGGUGGCAGUGAUAAACGACUGUACAUGGGGGAGAUUCAAUAGCAAAUGUGUUUGGGAAGCUUUAGUAAGGACAUCAAUGAUUUUUUUUUUAAAUUUUUUGUUCUUUUUAAAUAAAAAUCACGUCUUCUGUAAAGACAGCACGUGUCGGGUCUUCAUAUAUCUGUAUGAUUUAAAGCAGGGGUGUCCGACUCAUUUUGGUUCUCGGGCCACAUUUAUGGCAAUUAGGAUUAGAUAUAAGGCAAUUGGGAUG